UUCGAAUAAAAUAGCCAGUUUCGCGUGGCAUAAAUUCUUGACAAUACUAACAAAAUUAUGAGAUCGAAUUUCUGCUUACUAGCCAUUCUGGCUGUUUUCCUGGCGACUGUCGUUGCCCAGGAGGAAAAGUACUCAGACAUAUUCGAUCACAUCGAUCCCGACGAUGUUUUACCGAAUGACGAGCUUCGAAAUCAAUAUUACAAUUGUUUCAUGGAUACUGGCCCGUGCGUGACAGAGGAUCAGCAAUUUUUCAAACGACAUAUCGCUGAAGCGUUUGCAACGAAAUGCCAAAAAUGUACGGAUCAACAAAAGAAAAAUCUAGAAAAAAUAGUCAUAUGGUACACCGAUAAUCGUCCCGACGAGUGGAAUGCAAUGGUUCGAAAGCUCUUGGAGGAUGCGAAGAAAUUGAACAUUUAACUCGCUAUCUGACAUUGUUGUCAAAUAAAUAACACAUUUCGCGUUGUCAUGUAUACUUAAUUGUGAAAUAACAAAUAACGAUUUUGUAUCCGUGUAGUUUUCCAAGAUAUAGCUACAAUAUACGAUACCGAGUAUGUAGACGAAAGCGAGAUUUAGCAGUGUUGCAUAUACAAUUUUAACUGACAAUAAAAGCCGUUUUCUGAGUUAAA